UUUGGGGGUCCCGGGCAUGUUUUUGGGGGUCCCUCCCCACCUCUCUGUCCCCCCCCCAGAGCUCUGGGCCUCGUUCCGGGGGCGCCGCCUGGGGGGCCGGGAGCUGCCGCUGCCCCCCGGCUACACGGGGGUCGUGCUGAGGGGGGGGGAGCCCGGAGAGCCCCCCCUGGGCGAGCCCGGGGACCCCCAGGCCGGGGGGGUGACGGUGACCGGGACCUUCGGGGCCAUCACGGAGUGGGGGGGUGACACCGCCCCUCCCCCCGGCCGGGGCCUGGCCCGGGCUCUGCAGUGGGGACCCCUCGCCCAGGCC